CUCCCAUUUUGAGCACCUGACUGUGGUACUCCAGUGAGCAACAACAACAGAAACAUUUGUAGCGUUGUCCCGGUACGUGUUUGCCUAGCUAGUAUUAUUUCAGCGCUUUUUUCUGUCGUUGGUAGUGUAUAGUUAAAGUGUAUAUUUUUGAAAUGAAGCUGCAAUGUUUAGUCGUUGCUCUGUGCUUCGGCGUGGGUGUAAUGGCUGGGAAAUACUCUCGUGAAUUGAACGACCCCAAGCCGAGUGGCAGUGAUGGACAGACGGUGGAGUUCAGGAUAGCGAAGCUCAACCAGGUGUGGGAGAAGGCUAAAAGGAUGCAGUUGUCCCCAGUGCGGCAGGCUGAGCUGCACAGUGACCUUAAGAUCCAGGAGAAAGAUGAGCUACAGUGGAAAAAGGCGAAGGUGGAGGGGCUGGAUGAAAACGGGGAGAAAGAGGCCCAGCUCCGACGUAACUUCAACGUGGUCCUGGCCAAGUAUGGAAUGGAUGGGAAAAGAGACACUCGACCACUGGAGAGCAACUACCUGAAGGACCACGACACCAAAGAGGGUGACAUAUUUGAUGAUCCCAAGCUGGACAAACUCUGGAAUAAGGCCAAGAGCUCAGGGAAGUUCUCCAAUGAGGAGUUGCUGAGCCUGAAGAGGGAGUUCCAGCAUCACAAGGACAAGAUCCACGAGUACAACAUCCUCAUGGAUACCAUCAGCAGGACUGAGGAAAUACACAAGAAUGUGAUCUCUCCCCUGGAGGGCGACGCCAAAGAGCACGUGCUGCACCAGAAGCACACGGACCUAAAGCAGAAAAUGAGAGACCUCAACCAGGGCUUCGAGCGCCUCCGUAAGCUCAGCCACGAGGGCUUCACUGAAGAUAGCGAGUUUCGGGAGCCUCGUGUGAUUGAACUGUGGGAGGCUGCCAAGAGAGCCAACCUCAGCGAAAAUGAGCUGGACUCUCUCAAGGAGGAGCUGCGUCACUUUGAGACCAAGGUGGAGAAGCACAGCCAUUAUCAGGAGCAGCUGGAGCUUUCCCACCAGAAGCUGCGACACGUGGAGACUUCAGGAGACAAAGAGCACAUCAAGAGGAACCAGGAAAAGUACAACACACUCGCUGAGAAGACCAGGGAGAUGGGCUACAAGAUGAAGAAACAUAUGCAGGACUUGUCCAACAAGAUCUCUCGUCAGGGACUCGAGCACAAUGAGCUCUGAGAAGCUCAGAUCAUGGUCAUCACAUCAGUGAAGGUUGAAUGAACUGAAAUAAUUCCCUCUACAACCACACACAACAUUCCCCUUCAACUACUGUAAAAAAAAAAAAAAAAAAACUCAGUGUUUUCUACUUUUCUAGUGAUAUUAGUUGUUGAUUUGUUUAGAAAUAGCUGAAUGAAUGAAUUGCUUGUACAUAAUAUACAUAUGAGAAAUUCCUUAUGAAUCAGCUGCACUUAUUGUGAUAACUAACUGGUGAGAUUAUCAGUUAUGGCACAGAUCAAAUAAAUAUGGAACAGUUUACAUACUAGUCUGGUACUCUGUAGCAACAUGUAUUUGUACAACUAAUGGCAGGCAGGUGUAGAAGGAAUGUCUGGCUGAAAAUGUGGCAGUACUCCAAGAAAGCCAAAUUUUGUGGGGGCGGUAGGUGAGAGAUGGACAGCAGCAGCUGAGUCACUCUUCACUAGAUGAUGUAGUUUAGCUGCUGAGGGAUGGAAUAUAGGCACAUUGUGGUGGCAAGACAAUUUAUCCACACCUGUCUGUCGUUCGCUGUGCAAGUAAUAAAUGCUACAUCAGAUAGGCUGUUACUACUGUAGCAACUCAUACCUUGGUCUGCGGAAAUAUUGUAAUGUUAUUACUGCUAUUGUCUAAUCAAUGUAAAAUGAAGAAUGCUUUGCAGAUACAGGUAAGAAGCACUGAAACCUGGAAAUGUAACAGCAAUCUUUAAUAUUCAGUGUUGCCAACAACAUACAAACAGUCAUAUUUUAAAAAUAUAGUUUAAUAUUAUUCAUAUUGUCUUGGCAUAAAUAAAUGCAGUUAUUAUUUACAAGUCCUGUCGAGGAAAGCAGUCCCUGUAGUGACAUUAACAGGCUAUUCUUGGUAAAAUGUUAAGUUUUUCUAACUCAUCAUCAUGUUGUUUCUUUCUCCUCGUCUCCUCCUCAGACACACCGGUGGGGAACUGCCACCAUAAAAAUAAAUUAGCGUCAAAUAUUGGACAAUUUGUCCUGAUGAUAUCAAGAGGGAGGUGAGAAAUUGGAACACACACUGUGCUUUUCCAUUUAUCAAUUCCUGCCCUCUCACAGAGCAGAAGCAGAGACAUUGAUUACUGUGAUGAAUAAUGUUACUGGCUGGCUGAUUACUCAGUCAUGUCCUGCUUGGGCCACAUGGGCCUGGAUUAAUGUAAUUUGCACAACUCUAAGAUGCUUAUUUCAAUCAAAUGCUUUUACGAUCUGAUGUGGAAUGAUAGCCAAGCCAGCUGGGACUCUUAACAGUCGUUUGUAAGGUGUCAGUGCGAUGAGUGGGGCUUGAUCUCAUUAUGUGAUCAUAUUCUGCUUCAACCCUGUGAUAAAUAAUUUGAAUUUAAAUAACAGCAGUUUGUGACCUCUUGGUAAGAGAGGUAACAACUAAUAGAGCCCGGCCCAAAUAGUCUGAAGAAAGUAAAUUUAAAAGAAAUUCCAUCUUAACAAAUUAUAGCUUGACGCGAAGCAAAGCUGCUGUCUAUCUUCGUCUUGUAUCUAUAAUAUCAGUGGUAAACAUUUGUUUUUGGUGCCAUUCCCUCAUAAUUAAGGCCAUUUAUACCAAAGCAACAGUCAUCCUGAGAGAAUCUUAAAAAAGGCAGACCUCAGCAGACAAGUGCCAUGCAGCCAAAAAAAACAUUUGUAGGGUGAAAGUCAUAAAGAGAAAUGCAGGACACACUAAUUUAAGUACAAGUAUAUGAGAAAUUACAACACUAACAGAACACAAAACACAUCCAAGAUGGCAGCUGCAUAAGAGACUUCCCAGACAUUUCCUAUUUUCUUCUUAUUCUUAGUGGAAUGGAUUGUUAGUGGGAAUUUCUUUACACAGGCAAAACUGUGGGUGUGUUUAAGUACAACAACGAUUGGUAUGUUGAUCAACUGCAGUUGAGCGUUAUAGCUUAUUCAGAGAGAUGGAGAGAAUCAGCAAUAAAAAAAAAAAACCUAUUUUGAAGUGUCAUCGAGUUGAGCGUUGCAGAGUCUGUUUGGUGGCCCUCGCCGCCUGCUCUCCAGCUGAGUCAGUCUGUCCUCCCUGCCCUGAACAUGCUCCGCCCCCACUCUGUGAGCUGUUUCCAUGGCAGAGAUGUCGAGGUGGGCGUACCUGAUGGAGCCCUCUUCUGGUUGGGAAAUCAGUGGUUAAAUGGGGAGAAAAGAGAAAACUACUACUUUGUGUCAUGUGUUCUUUAACUUAAAAUUGUCACGUGCAGGAAAAACAUGCAGUGACCUGUCAAUCCCUGACAUGCAUUGUUCACCCUGUAUUAACCUAAACCAUACACUAUUUUUUCCGACAACGUUUUCUUCAUUGGUAGUGCUGGAAUAUAACUGUAAACUGUUCAUUUCAUCUGACUGUAAAAAUGCAUACAAUAUUUUUAAGAUGUACUCCUUAAUAUGCCAUUUCACACUUGAGCAUUUUAAUACAUUUAGACUGCUGUAAAUUGCUCCUUUUCACAAUCCAAAAAUGUCUGAUUAUACCACAUAAAUUAGGCUCUGAACUAGCACUAAAAAUCUAAUUCAUGUCUGUUUUACAUGAAUAAAUUGUUUCUCCCCAUUCA